CGCCGCCGGCCAUGGCCAAGGACCAGCUGAAACCGCGGCUGUGCCGAAUGCUCAAGGGGGAGAGCGGCUACGGCUUCCACCUGCACGGCGAGAAGGGCAAGAGCGGCCAAUUCAUCCGCAAAGUGGAGCCCGGCUCGCCCGCCGAGGCUGCGGGGCUGCGCGCCGGCGACCGCGUCGUGGAGGUGAACGGGCUCAACGUGGAGCAGGAGACGCAUCACCAGGUCGUGCAGCGCAUCAAGGCCGUGGAGACGGAGACGCGAUUGCUGGUGGUGGACAAGGAGACAGACGAGUACCUGUGCAGCCUGAGGCUCACCUGCACCGAGGACAUGGUGCACAACGGGAUCCUGCUCAGCCCUGCCCUGCCUCCCACCAAGGGCCUGGCCAGCGACAACGGCGAGGUCUGGAAGCCACAGCUGGAUGUGAGCGGGGGCAGCCUCCAGAGGCAUUCCCACAGCUUCUCCUCGCACGGCAGCAGGAAGGAUUUAAACGGGCAGAAGGAGCUGUGCCCACGUCUCUGCCACCUGAAGAAAGGUCCCAAUGGCUACGGCUUCAACCUGCACAGUGAGAAAUCCCGGCCGGGGCAGUUCAUCCGUUCCGUGGAUCCCGACUCGCCGGCAUCCCGGGCAGGGCUGCGGCCCCAGGACCGCCUGGUGGAGGUGAACGGGAUCAACGUGGAGGGGCUGCGGCACUCGGAGGUCGUGUCCCACAUCAAAUCCAGGGAGAGCGAGGCCAGGCUGCUGGUGGUGGACCCCGAGACGGAUGAGUACUUCAAGAAGCUGGGGGUGACCCCCACGGAGGAGCACAGCAAAGGUGUGGUACCCCAGCCCAUGACAAACGGAUCUGCACAGACUCAGCUGAAUGGAGGAUCCACAUCUUCAUCUCACAGUGACCUGCAGAGUCCUGGGAAGGAAUCAGAGGAUGGAGACACGGACAAGAAGGACCCGUUUGAGGAGAGUGGGCUGAGCCUGAGCCCCACGGCUGCCGAGGCCAAGGAGAAGGUGAGGGCCAAGCGUGUGAAGAAACGAGCGCCGCAGAUGGACUGGAACAAGAAACGGGAGAUUUUCAGCAAUUUCUGAGCCCUGCUGGAGCCAGCUCGGACAUUUCUGAGGUGCCUACGCCCUGUCCUCGGUGUCCACGUGAGAUGCUUUGUGCUCUGCUCUUCACUGGUUGCUUUUACGAGGCGUAUUUUAAAGUCCUUUUUAUUUUUAUUUUUUAUUAUUAUUGUUAUUAUUGUUAUUAUUAUUAUUAUUAUUGUUACUCACCAGCGAUUCUCAUAAGACAAAUGUGACCAAAGCUCCUUUUCUUGCUUGCUCUUGAGCCUGGCUCUGGCUGCCCACCGUCCCCUGUUCCUAUGAGAAAGGACUGGAAGAAUUUUAACUCUUGUUUCUUACUUGCAUCAUUUAGGCUUCUGUUACUUUUUUUUUUUUUUUUUUUUUUUUUGUACUUUUUAUGUGGAGUGUUUUGGCUUUGUGGGUGUCCCAGACUGAGCCCCAUGGGAUGCCCUGUGCCCCUGUGGAAACAUCUCAUGGCUCGUGGUGGGUGCCUGCAGGAUGGGGGUGCCAGGGACCCCCUUCCCAGCUCCCCAUGCCCAGCAUUUGCUACUCCCACCAUGGGAAAAUGGACUGUGGCUGGAAAUUGUUCGUUGGCUUUGCUAUUGAAGCAAAAACGUUUGUUUUGUUGGUUUGUUUUUUCUUUUUUUUUUUUUUUUUUUAAUGAAGUUCCAUGUGUUUCCAGUUAUUUAGGAACCUCCCUCCCCAUCAGCAGCUCCUGCCUCGGGCAGUAAAAGCUCAUUUUUCACCCCAAACAGCUCUGCAGAGGGGAGAGGCUGGGGUUUAAAAACAAAUCCCAAACAUAAAGGGCACAGCUCUCCCCACCUGCAGCCGUGGAUGUGGCAGGGGAAGGAGGGAGCAGGGCCAGUCCUGCCCCACGGAGCACGAAGAUGAGAACCACGAGAUGCUACAAAAACUCUUUGGACAGACCUGGAAGUGGAGAUGACCCAACAUCUGCUUCCAGGAGGGAGCACAGGGAUGCAGCCCUGACUGAGACUCAGCACUGGGGAAUGGGGCUGGUCCAGGUCCCACCUGGGCUGGGGUUUGGUGUCCCCAGCCCAGGAGUGUCCCCGUUGGAAGGACAUCCUCCAAACGGGGCUGGAGAUGGAGCAGGCACUGCUGUGAUGGAUUGAGCAGCACCUUUGGCUUCCUGUGGCCUCCUCCAAAGCCCCACUCUCAGAGUUCAGAGUGUGUCUUUAAAGCAUUACAGAUUAAGUCCAUUUAAGCUCUUUAUUGCUGCCUUUGGCUGUGUGAGUGAAGGUGGCUCAGCUCUCCCAGGUAGCAGAGCUGAGUUUCCAGGGCAGGGUUGGGGUUGUCCCACUCCCCUUCCCAGGCUCCAGCAGCAAUCCCAGCCCCGCUGUGGGAAGGAACUGGGAACACCAAGCCACUUUUCCCAGCUGAAAAGGCAAACAGCAGCACUCAGCCGGCCGUGGAUGAGGCGUGAACACAGAGCUGUGGCUGUGCCCUGCCUCACUCCAGCCCUCCUGGCAUAAAACCCUUGGGUGCUCAGAGUGCUACGGGACGUGGGAACAGCUCUGCACGGAUUUCCUAAGGUAUUCCCAAAUUCUGGAGCUAAAAGGUGCCUUAUCCCAUUCUCUGCUCUCCUCAGCAGUGGGCUGGGGCUCAGCACAGGGUGUUUGGCUUCCCUGGGGAGCAGCUGGUGCCUGUGGCCUUCUGCUGCUGGCAGGAGAGUGUGGAGAGCCUCAGGGGUGAAGGAGAUGAGUUCUCUUUAGGAAAGUUAUCUUUUAGGAUUGUUGAUGGGCUGAACAGGUUGAAAAUAAUGACUUUGGAGAGGAACUGGUGCAGGUGUUUGGGGUGAUGGGGGACGUGGAGAGGCCGCCUGCCCUCGGGGCUCUGCCAUUAACAAGACACCUCUUCCCCAUGCCACUUCAAAUUACCUGCUCUCUUUUUGUCCCCCAAAAUACUGUCUUCUCUCUCUGGGUAGCGUUUGGAAGGAUUCCUUCUUUUCCAUGGUGUGCACGUUGCUUCCCGUGCCCGUGUUGCCAAACCCCAGCAGCGCCCGGGCUGUGCAGGGCAGAGCAUUCCCAGGACACUCCGAUGCAGUCAGAGAGCACAGACCUGGUGUAAACACCCCAUAGACCUGGUGUAAAACACCCCAUUUCUCAUCCAACACUGCUGCAGUUGAGGAGGGGGAGGAAGAAAAAAAAAAAACAAACCACUUUGUGUAGUGUUGAAUGUAGAUCAAAAGAAAUCAGGUGUGCAAAUCCGUGUUGGUAAAAUUGAAAAUCUUAAUCUCUUAGUCCGUGGAAACUGCUCCUGGUUGAAGCAUUACUGCAUUCCUGACAUCUUGUAGCUCAGUAGUAAUUAUUCAGUUCCUGUACAUUUAACUCGGAAAAGAAAAAUCAAUAAAGUCUUAAGGCUGUCAGCAGCAUUGCAAACCCACCAUGUACACACGGUAAUGUCAGUAAUAAACUUGGUUUGCCAUGUA